CUAUUCUCGGCGCUCAACCGGCAGCAACGCUCGCCCUACAUGGACGAGGCCUUCCACGUCCCUCAGGCACGCGCCUACUGCGAGGGACGCUUCCAGCAGGUCGAAAACUUCGUAAGUCGAGUUUCCCAUAGGAAAAGCGGUUUCCCAUAGGAAUGCAUUGGAAACAGAAAAAUUCGUAAGUCGAGGAAACCGCAUCUAGCCGCAAACGGGUUUUCCGUUCGGAUGUCGGAAAAAUCGUAAGCGCAUGGCCACUUUUUCCGCUCGUAAGUCGAAAACGUCGGAUGCCGAGGAGUUCAUAAGUCGAGGUCCCACUGUAUAUGCACUUAAAAAUGUGGGACCCCAUGAUUACUACACUUCCUGGUUUAUAUUUGGUGUCAGUUGGAAUUGUGAAACCUGCAGCGUGGCUCUUUGGGUGGUCUGGAAGCAUAGUCUGCUCUACAGGAAUGCUCAGAUUCAUCAAUCUUCUGUUCAGCAUUGGGAACUUCUAUUUACUAUAUUUGCUUUUUUGCAGGAUGCACCAUAAAAAGGCUGCCUCUGGAUUCCAGAGAAUUCUGUCAACCUUGACGCUCGCAGCAUUUCCAACUCUUUAUUUUUUUACAUUCCUUUACUAUACCGACACAGGCUCAACCUUUUUUAUCCUCUUUGCUUAUUUAAUGUGCCUCUACGGCAAUCAUAAAACGUCAGCCCUGCUUGGGUUCUGCGGCUUCAUGUUUCGUCAGACCAACAUUGUAUGGACUGUGUUCUGCGGAGGAAGUGUCGUUGCACAAAAACUAAGCGAGGCCUGGAAGGUAGAACUGUCGAAAAGCAAAGAGCAGAAGAGCUCGCCUGCAAAGGGAUCCUUUUCGGAACUCAUCAGACUCUUCAGGUUUCUCCAGGCCUACCUCAUGUCACUUAAAAACCUAACCACACUUUUUCUCUUGACAUGGCCAUACAUCAUGAUGGUGCUGGUUUUCUUCACUUUUGUGGUCCUCAAUGGUGGCAUUGUUGUUGGCGACAGGAGCAGCCAUGAAGCCUGUCUGCAUUUCCCCCAACUUUUCUACUUCCUUUCUUUUACUCUCGUUUUUUCCUUUCCUCACCUAGUAACCCCUAACAAAAUGGUCAAUUUUCUCCGUUCCGUGCAGAAGCAUUUUUUGCGAUACAGCAUCCUCACCAUAGUCUCUCUAUUCCUCGUCUGGAAGUUUACGUUUGCUCACAAAUACUUGCUUGCAGACAACAGGCAUUACACAUUUUACAUGUGGAGAAAGAUCUAUCAAAGACACGAACUGGUGAAGUACAUAUUAGUUCCAGUCUAUAUAUUUGCUGGCUGGAGUUUCACGGAUGCCCUGAAAUCAAAAUCUGUUUUCUGGAACUUGGUAUAUUUUUUAUGUUUGUUUGUUGUCACAGUUCCCCAGAAGCUAUUAGAGUUCCGUUACUUCAUUUUGCCAUAUAUCAUAUACAGGCUGAAUAUUCCUGUGCCAUCAAUUUCUAAACUUUCCCUGGAAUUGGCUUUUUAUAUUUUGGUGAACGUGGUGACUUUCCAUAUCUUUUUGAACAAACCUUUUCAAUGGCCGAACAGCGAGGAAAUCCAAAGGUUUAUGUGGUAAUUUGGGGCAUAUGGGAUGACUCAAUUCUAGGACUUUUCCUGCAGCAAAUAAGAGACUGCAGGCUUUGAAUCUUGACCAAGGGAAAAAGAAACAUUCUGGAUGUUUGUAACUGGCAGUGAAUGUGAAAUCUGAUGCACUGUUUUUGCAGAUAUUGAAAAGCCAUUUUUAUACAGUUAAAAUCCUGGGAAUUAAUAAAUAUAAGAUCAGGGAAAUUAAACCACAAAAAAUUAAUGUGAAUAAAUUUGUUUACAUCAUGCUUACUAUGUUGCAGGGGCUAUAAAUCUGGGAUGUUUUCAGUAUAUGUAUGUUCUUAGCUGUAUGCAACAAAAAGAUGGAAAACAGUGGCGCAGCUUAGGUCCAGUAGGUUAAUUUUUGAUAUGGUUUGUUUACUGCAAUGUGGCUCUGCCCUAAACAUAGUUUUUCCUUGGUGAGGAUGCCUUGUUACAGCACUUGUGCUAUCAAGAGUUCAGAUUUUACUACUUGGAAAGCAUGUCUUCUCCAAAAUAGGUUGAGUCUCAGAUAUCAAUACGUUGAAGCUCAUUUGCAGGAACUGUUCGCCAUGGAGAAAUUUACAGGUGAAAGUUAGUGGGCGACGAUGACCUUAACUGCAACCCAAAUGAACCUGAAAAUGAGGCCUCAGGAAUAAAAUGGCAAGAACACUGAAAUCUACUGUGGGCUUGAGGACCACAGUUAAUUUACACAUCAUGCAAUUAACCUAAUCUGCAUGUCACUUAACAUGCCGGAUGCCAGACUACAGCAGGUUAGCACAUUCAACACAUUCCGUAUCUUUUAAGAAGUUCUGUUGAAAGCAAUGAAGCUUAAGGUGUAGCUGAGUAUUUUAAGGUUACAUUCCUAUGCACGCUUUCCUAAGUAAGCCCCACUGAACACAGUGGAUCUUCCUUCUGAGCAUGUAUAGGAUUAUGCUACAAGGUUUUAAGUCCAAUAACACUCAUCAGAAAGUUCAGUUGAACCCAGUAGAGGUUUGUUUUUAGUAUAAACAAUCUUAAGACUGAGUGAUUAAACCUUCCUUGUCUCAAUGCCUUGCCCAACUUUUGCACCCAUUGCAUUGAUUCUACAACGUUUUGAGAAUUUUUUUAUCCAUUGAGGAUGAACGGGCAAGAAUUUCCAAGGGCUGCCUCCAUUUGUUCAUUUUCAGUGUAUGCCAAAAUGUUGUAGAAUUAUCUUCAAGCCAAAAUGUUGUAGAAUUAUCUUCCUUAUUGUUUCUGUGCUUGCUUUUGUUACUUUCUGUUAUUUCGUAAUUAUGGCAGCUGGAAAUGUAUGGUUUCUUUUUAAAAUAAAAUCACAGGUUCCCCAUCUCUCUCCUAAGAUAGAGCAGGGUAUAUACAUUUGCCAAUCCAUUCUGAUUGGAGUUCUUGUUAUUUUCUAAUCAGAUGGGCUCCAAGCAGUUCUUGUGUGAAUUAACAGGAUGAAGUUUAGCAAUGAAAGAUUUUGAACUUCAAACCAUUUCCAAGCAAAUGCCAUUAAAUAUCUACAUAAUAAAUAAUACUAAAAAUAUUUCAAAAAAUCUGAUUAGUGGCUGAUGCCCAGAGUACAGGGCUUCAGAAUACAACAUGAAUUUUCCUUAUUGGUUUAACAGGAACAUCUUAUGCCAUGCAGGAUGGGAACAUUUUAAAUUGAAGCAAAGGCCAAAAAGAAUAAAAUUUUACUUAGCUUACUGGUUUAAUAAAAAUAAGAUGCAGCUGAAGUUUCCUAAUCAAGGUUCUUGGAGAAAUAAACAAAGCAACAUUGAGCUGUUUGUUAUUGCUUUCAACUAGCAUUAAUGGUUAAUAGCACUAAUCUGCUUUUUGAGAUGAGUCUUGUGGGUUUGAUUGGAGUCUUUUGGAAACGCAGUUCAGAAACUCAAAAAGCAUUAGUACAAAGAUAACUGGUAUUGUUCAUUGUUUCUAUUAAUUCUAAAUGAAAUCCGCAGGGCUUCUGAAAUGAUGCGCACAGCUUACAAAAGAUUGCAAAAUGAGCAUCUUUCUUAUUAUCACAAACCUUUUUAAUUUACUGUUCUUCAGUGUGCCAGUAUAAUUGCCACUUGUGGUUAAUACGAAGUUUUGAUUUGUACUUCUUCAUUCUCACUCCAGCCACCACUAGGAAUAGGCACUGCUGGCGCAGAGCAUCUCUCCGUGCUGCAGAAAUAUAACACUGAACUGAUCUUGCAGCUUUGAGUGCUGGGGAAAUCUCUUUCAAUAGUUGCUUGUGGUAACUUUCACAUAUUGACUUCAGUUUCCUCUAUUUUGGAGGAGUUUUUGCCUCUUGGACUCAUACCUCAGUGGAAAAGUGCGUAUUUUACAUGCAAGUCUCAGGUUCACUUUCUUACACCUCUAGUUAAGGGUCCUUUCGGAGCAUGGUUGGGAAGAGGUUCCAGGUGAUAACCUUUGAGAGCUGUUGCCAUUCAGGGUAGUCCCUUUGGGACACUCUCUUUGGACUUUAAAAGCAGGCUAUAAAUCUAGAUGGUUAGGAUAAUAAAUAAUCUAAAACAGUUACCUGUGUUAAUUAGCUGCUUUGGAAGCAGAAAUCCAGGAGGUGAAGGAGUCUCUAUGUAUUAUGUGCAUUCUAGAAAGAACUGCACAUGUUUAUUUUCUACCUGGCAUGUACAAGACACACACAGAAGCUGUGGAUAAUAAGGCAUGGCUGAAGUACCUUAUGCUAACUAUGAUUUCAUUUUGCGACGAACUUCUCUGUAGCUUUACGUAAGUUUUAUAUCAGAAAAUGCAAUUGGAAAGACUUAUAGCAUAUUGUUGUCUUAAGAAAUCUAUUUCAGACUACAGUUUUUUGUCCUAAACCAAGCUGCACAUGAAUCUCUCAUCUCUCAAAACAUGCAACCCGGGCAAAGUUUCUUAACGAAGGUUGUGUCACAGCAGCCUUGGCCAAGUCCCUUCUUUGUGGCAAAUUCUUCCCCUGCUGCACUGUGACAGUAUUGCACUGCGAAAUGUCGACAUGAAUGACCAUGUAAGAGGUAUUGUGCACUUUUGGCAUCAAGGCCUGCCAUUUUUUGUGUGAUGAAAUUAUCCCGCAGCACAAUAUGUGGGAAAUUCAAUCCAAAAGUAAUAAUAGAAGCACACUUGUGGUCCAAUGCCUGCAAUGCAGGAAUAUGCAGCUAUCCCACAUGGGGAUCAAACCCGCAACCUUGGUGUUACCAGAACCACCAUCUAAACAGAGCUAGAACUAUCUGCAUAACCCCUCAUUGAGAAUUUAAUUGUUUUGCCCUGUUUUGCAAAAUGGAGAGAUCUAUUUAUUCAGAAUUUAUCAUUUUAUGCAGUGUUUAGCCUGAGAAGAGAGAGCAGCAUUUCUAAGGGUUGGACUUGCGGCUAUUUGCAGAGGAAUAACAGAUUUUUUAAUACCUUUUUCUUAACCCUUGUUAACCCUUUAACCAAUGGAAUUGCUAAUUAGAGAUGCCCCCCCCUCUUCCAGAUGUUUAUUGUCAGUGGUUUUAAAUAGAUUAGAUUAAAGAGGUGCAUUCAAUGAAAAAAACCAAUAUAACCCUAAAUUCUUUAAACAGCAAGGAAGAAAUACUGGUUAACUAAAUUCACAAGGUGGCACUGUGGAGCUGUCUUUCCUAUUCAUCUGUCUAGCAGAUCUCUGCUUUUUAGAAAUUUUAUGUCACUUCAAGGGUUAUUGAGGUUAAAGCAUUUGAAGACCAUCACGUUCUGUGAUUUCCCCCCAGUUAUUUGUGUUUAUCUUAGUCUAACGGUGUGUUUCAAAGAUCAGCUUUUCUUAAUGCAUUGUGAAUAUUUUUUUUAAAAAUAGUAUUUGUAGCCUGCAGUUUUUAAAGCAGUAGAAAUCCUGUUGAAAUUCCUGUACUUUAUACUUAGGAUAAUCAUUCUUUCACUGUGACAGGAUUCAUCUAGUUCUGUUACGGAAAGGAAGAGCACAGUAUUGUUCAACUAGAGCAGAAGGCCUCUCUCUAAAAUAUUAAUUAUUUUUUAACGGUGGAGUAAGUUGGGCUUAAAAAAAUGUAUCCUCAGAGGGCUUGGAGCCAUCUGCUAGUUUGACUUUGUGUGUUAAAUGUCACCUACAUUCUGGUGAGGCAUGCAGAACCAAGGAGGUCUGCUUCCCAGAAUAUGUACGUCUGUCACAUUUCCUUAAUUCUCAACAACCACAACCUUCUUUUCUUUCUCUUGAUAGUUUCCUUUUACCAAUAUAUAACAUGGCAUUAGGUUCCCAGUAUGUGAAACAGAGAUGAUGUAGGUCAGUCUUAUCUAUAGAUAGUCAACUUUGUUUUGCAGUUAACUCCCACCUACUGGCAUUUAGGCUUGGUAAAGCAGGCGAUAAAUUUCUGUAUUUACACUGCAACCCAUUGUAGACAAUACAGUACUGGAGCUAGAUGGACCAACAUCCUGGGAGCUUUCUGUGUCAAAUAAUGCAAAGAUAAGGAAACAGUCCUGGGAUUAUGUACUCACCUCUUGCUUUUCUGUUUUGGAAGAGAAGGCGAAUAUGUUUCUCUCUGCUGGGCACAGGAGGAAACAAACGAUGCAGAGGGUUUGCGCAUGCGAGCCUUAUGCCUAAUUUAUGGAAUUCCUCCCCCUGGUAAAAAGUAAAAAAGUGGGUUUGGGGAGAUGCUGUGAAUUGUGCCUGCAGACUGUGAGUAGUGAUAUGCUCAGGUUAACAAAGUUUGCACUAAGUAUGAACCCGCUUUACCUAUCCCUAACCACCAAAGGCCAAAGUGACUGGACAAACUGACCACAAGGUUUCUUUUCUGUGGAAAUGUUUGGGGCGAGUUCUACAGAACGUUAUCGAAUGGCUAUAACAUUAUGUGGCGCGACCAUGCGAUGAAAAGAAUAUUGCAAAGUAAGGGAAUCUGACCAAACUUCUAUAUUGUGUGCCGAGAAAGAAAUAGUUGUGUUCUUAAUGGCUUAUUGUACAUUAACCUUCAGUAUAGAGGUCCUGUGUGUGUUGGCUGCUGCAUUUACUUCAAUGGGGAGGGCAGCUCUGUGUGUGCAAAGGGGUGUAUUUGUGAAAGGGGACGCCCUCAUAGGUUGUAUAUUUAUUGCUGUGACUGUACUGCGUACACAAUCACUGGUUUAAGAUGCUGCAUUUGUGGAUAGUUUAGGAUGCCAUAGAAAUUGCAAGGCAGGUCAUUAGAGAUGUCCCUUUAUAGAAAAAAGUGGCUCUGGGACUAGCUAGCUGGUCUCAAUUAUGAGAAUGAUAUAAAGACACGGUAUAUGAAACAUGAAGGAAUCACUUUCAUGUUACAAAUCAAGUCAAAUCAAGUCUGCUGUUGUUUGUGAGUGUAUAAAAUAAAGCAACUGCCUCUUCAUUUUUAGGAAAAUUGUUGGUUUUUAAAAUUGAAACCUUGUGCUUUUGUUACAUUAUAUGUGUGCUUUCCCUUAAUAAUUUUGGAAUACCCGCGUUAUUGUGGGUGUGAUGUUACAAUAAAGAAUUUCACUGAAGUGGCUUGCAGUG